AUGGCAUCUUCUUCAUCUGCGAGCUCCGGCGACCUUCCGCCCCUAUCUGCCAGUGAUUUUCGGACAUAUAAUCGUAUGGCGGAGCAUAUGGAAGCAUUUCACAGCCAUUUCCGCUUAACGUGGAACCAGCUCUCGGAGGCAUGUGGAAACUCCGGGAAACGAGGUCUGUCAGCCCGGCAAAUGAUCAUGAUGGGUCUACAGUUCUGUGCGCAACUGAAUUUGCACCAUAAUAUCGAGGAGCAACAUAUCUUCCCCGUGUUGGCGAAAAAGAUGCCUGAAUUUCGGAAAAACGUCGAGUUGUUGAGUCAACAUAAACAGAUUCAUGCGGGACUUGAGAAGCUCGAGAAAUAUCUCGAGCAAUGUCAGUGCGGUGAGGAAGAUCUACGUCGUGAGGAGGUGAAGCGGCUGAUGGAAGGGUUUGAGAAGGUUCUAUGGGUGCACUUGGAUCAAGAGGUGGAGACUCUCGGUGCAGCUAAUAUGCGCAAGUUUUGGUCUCUUGAUGAGAUGCGUCGGCUUCCUAUGUAA